ACGAUGGAGAGCAAAAGACGAUCGAGGGACUACUGUUGGUUUGCUUUUCAUGUGUGUUUGUUGGUGUUUUUCGGAGAGCAGGCUGUGGCAGAAUUGAGGUACUCUAUUCCAGAGGAGGUGAAAGAAGGAACUGUUGUUGGAAAUGUUGCCAAGGAUCUUGGUCUGGAAAAAACGUCUUUGGCUGAUCGACGUUUCCGUGUUGUGUCUGGAUCUAAGGACACAUUUUUUGAGGUAAACUCCGACAGUGGUGCUUUACAGGUUAGUAAGAAAAUCGACAGGGAGGACCUCUGUCACGGUAUUGGUGCGUGUUUAAUAGAGCUAAAAAUCCUCGUUGAAAAUCCUUUGGAAAUGCACCAUGUUGUUAUAGAAAUCACUGAUGUUAAUGAUCACUCGCCCAGUUUUCCCGAAAAGGUGCAGACUUUUGAAAUAGGAGAGCAGUCAUCUCCGGGAACACGAUACGAACUACAUGCGGCCCGUGAUCCGGAUGCUGGAAUGAACUCUAUCCGCACAUACACAUUAACAUCAAAUGAUCAUUUUGAAAUAGAUAUUAGUCAAAGUGAUGAAGAUAAAAUACAAUUUUUAGUGUUAAAGAAGUCGUUGGACAGAGAACAAAAGGAUAAACACGUGUUAUUUGUUACAGCAGUUGAUGGAGGUAAACCUCCAAGAUCAGGCACACUGAAUGUUUCUAUUAUCGUUCUUGAUAGUAAUGACAACCGUCCAAUAUUUAGUCAGGAUACUUACCAAACUGAAAUUGAAGAAAACAUGUCAGUUGGCAUUGCGGUUACAAAAGUGAAUGCAACAGAUCCAGACGAAGGUAGUAAUGGUGAAAUAGAGUACAGUCUCAGCAAAACACUGGCACGUAAAGUCUACGAGAUAUUUGAAUUGGAUCGUUUAAGUGGACAAGUUAAAUUGAAAGGGGCGUUGGAUUUUGAGGAUUCGGAGAUUUAUAAACUAGAAGUUCAAGCAUCUGAUAAAGGACAGCCUCCAUUAACAGGAAGGUGUAGAGUCAUUAUAAAGAUUAAAGACAUCAAUGAUAAUCCACCGGAAAUAGAAGUAACAUCACUGUCAAAUAAAGUGUCUGAAGGUUCAAAGCCUGGCACAGUUAUUUCACUUAUUAGUGUGAAGGAUAAAGAUUCUGGUGUUAAUGGAAAAGUUAUUUUACACAUAAUCGAUGAUGUCCCUUUUGAAUUAAAGCCCUCCUAUAAGGAAAAUAUCUAUUCAAUUGUUACAAAGGAAUUCUUGGAUCGAGAGCAGGUGCCACAGUAUGAAAUAACAAUAAAAGCAACCGACUGCGGUGACCCUCCUUUAUCUACAUUUAAAACUCUGAACAUUCAGAUAUCAGAUGUAAAUGACAACAGUCCACAAUUCGACCAAAGUCCUAUACAGUUUUACCUGGUAGAAAAUAACGUUGCUGGAAAGUCCAUAUUCUCUAUAAGCGCAACAGAUAACGAUAUUAAUGAAAAUGCAGCUGUUACAUAUCACAUUCUUAGAGGAGGGAGUGAAAAUGAUUUAACGCUAUCUUUCCUAAACAUCAAUUCAGAAAAUGGACAGAUUUCAGCACUAAAGAGUUUUGACUUUGAAACACUGAAAACUUUCCAGUUCAGAGUUGUUGCGUCAGAUUCUGGAACUCCGUCACUAAGCAGCAAUGUCACGGUGAACGUGUUCAUUCUGGAUCAGAACGACAACACUCCAGUCAUCUGUAUCCACUCAGCUCUAACGGUUCUGCUGAAGGUGUGGAGGAGAUUCCCCGCAAUGUGAACGCAGGACACUUGGUGACUAAAGUCAGAGCCUAUGACGCUGAUAUAGGAUAUAACGGCUGGUUACUGUUUUCACUGCAGGAAGUUACUGACCACAGUCUCUUUGG